CUUCAGCUGAUAGUAAAGCUGCGCAGGACUAUCCACCAAAGUUAUUAAAAAUUAUUCAAGAAGGUGGUUACACGCCAGACCAAGUUUUCAAUGCGGACGAAACCGGCCUAUUUUGGAAGAGGUUACCAAAACGAACAUAUGGGUCUAAAACCCAAAAAUCAUUUGGUGGCUUCAAAGCUGCAAAGGACCGUGUAACGUUUUUAUUAUGUAGCAAUGCUUCUGGUGACCGCAUGAUUAAACCGCUAUUAGUAAACAAAAGUCUCAGGCCGCGAGCACCAAAGGGCAAAGAUUUAAAUCAUUUACGUGUUCACUGGAUGGCCAAUAAAAAAGCCUGGGUAACUGGAAAUAUAUUCCAAGAAUGGUUUGCUAAAUGCUUUGUACCAGAAGUUAAAAGUUAUUUGGAGAAGAAGAAACAGCCCUUUAAGGCUCUUUUAAUAAUUGACAAUGCACCAGGCCAUCCGAUGAUUGAACAUCCUAAUGUAAAUAUCAUUUUCCUCCCACCGAAUACUACAUCAAUUAUCCAACCGAUGGAUCAAGGCAUUAUUGCGACUUUUAAAAUGUACUACCUCAAAAAAACUUUUCAGUGCAUUAUGAAAAAACUGGAGGAAAAUCCUGAAUUGGACUUCACUGAUGCUUGGAAAAAUUUUUCUAUCAAGGAUUGCAUCUUGUACGCGUCAAAAGCAAUUUCUGAAAUAAGGCAACAUACGUUAAACGCAUGCUGGAAAUCUCUUUGGCCAGAAUGUGUUAAAAGUGCACGUUCAGCGGGAGGAGAAAUUCUUGCAGAUAUGACGAGAGAAGAUAUUGACGAAAUUCUUCAAGACCGAGAGCUCGAUGAUGACGAUUUGAUUGAAAUAGCUACGGAAGUUAUCGAAUCGGAAAAUGGCAGCGACACCGAGAUAGACGAGCAUCCAAUUAAAGCAGAGACGAUUAAGCAAGGUCUUAAACUUGCAGCAGAAUUGGAAAAUUAUUUUGUAGCAAAUGAUACUGAUGCCGAACGUGCACGAAUUUUUCAAAAAGAAUUGAGUCUCUGCAUGUUAAGAUAUAAAGAAUUAUAUCGGAAUUUAUUGGGUCCAAAAAGAAGCAAUCAAACAAAAUUAACUGAAUUUAUGGUGCAAACUCAGUCGGAGAUGCUAAGUCAAUCAGAACAUCAAUCCAUAGUUCUUACUAUUGAUUCUGAUACAAAUUCUAGUGAUAUCAGUGCCGGCCAUCGAAAUAAGCGGCUAAGAAUAAUUUCCACUACGGAUAAUGACAGUGAUUAA